ACAUAUUCUUUCAGGUACAAAAGCUGUUGCUGCCACGGGUGUUUUAAUGUCAAGAACAAGCCCACCUGCCAUCAUUUGUGACCAUCCUUUCAUAUUUCUUAUCCGUGAUGUCAUCUCAGAAACUAUUGUGUUCAUGGGAAGAGUGAUUCGUCCCGAAUCUGAUCCAGUUACUUUACAACCACCACAUUUAACUAAAUCAAGGAAAAACCCAUUUGGCAGACAGCCACAAUUAGAUGCCACAGAUGAACAUUGCAAAGGGAUCUGUAAACCACAGUGUCGUAUUAAAUGUUUUAAGAAUGUUCAAAAACAGAUGAAUAUAAAGAACAUGAGCAAAGCCAAGAAUCAAUUCAAUAAAGAAAAACAUUCAAGACAUUUUGGAUACAUUGUGAUUCCAUACAGAAAGUGUAGAAGUGACUGUAAAACUUCCUGUGUGCAAAAGUGUAAGAAGAGAUCCUAGAUGAUUUACUUUACUGUAUACAAAGUUGUUGGAAUUGUUAGUACAUGAAUAAAUGGUAUUUAUUAAACCAAUUGUAUUUGAUUUAUCCAUAAUAAGACAACAAUGAGAGUUGCAUAAAAUAUAUUUAUAAUACUUGAACUGUGUACAUCAA